AUGGCACCGGCCGUCGUCUCCAGCAUUGCCUCGCGCUUUCACCGAAUGAGCCACUCGCAGGACAGCGACUCCCACAGCAGCAGCAGAGACAGCCGACAGAGCAACGCACAGCGCGAAGAGGAGAAGACGAGAUUAGCAUCGUGGGAGGCGGAAAAGCACCCACUCGAGCCAGAUGAGAUUGUCAAAGAUCCGCAGACGAAGCCCGUCGGCCAUUCGAGCAAAGUCCUGCGCAAAGAAGACUUUGACCUGGUCAAGACACUGGGCACGGGCACUUUCGCGCGCGUAUGGUUGGUGAAGCUCGCCAAUCGUAAAGAGCGCGACAUCAACAAAGUCUUUGCGCUCAAGAUCCUCCGCAAGCCCGACGUGAUCCGCCUGAAGCAGGUCGAGCAUGUGCGCAACGAGCGCAACGUCCUCGCAGCAGUGGCGGGACAUCCCUUCAUAACGACCAUGGUCGCGAGCUUCCAGGACGACACCACACUUUACAUGCUUCUCGACUACUGCCCCGGUGGCGAAGUCUUCUCUUAUCUACGGCGAGCCCGACGAUUCAACGAGCCCACCUCACAAUUCUACGCCGCCGAGAUUGUACUAAUCCUCGAAUUCCUACACGAGCGGGAAGGCGUGGCAUACCGGGACCUCAAACCCGAGAACAUUCUGAUUGAUGCAGAGGGCCACUUGAAGCUCGUGGACUUUGGCUUCGCGAAAAAGAUUGAAAAUAGUGCGUACCCAACAACGGCUGACGGGCGCAAGCGCCAGAAAGCUGACAACACGACAGGGGAGACAUACACUCUCUGCGGCACACCGGAGUAUCUGGCGCCCGAGGUGAUCCGAAACACCGGCCAUGGCACGGCUGUGGACUGGUGGGCGUUCGGUAUACUGAUAUACGAGUUCCUUGUGGGACAGCCGCCCUUCUGGGAUCAAAAUCCCAUGAAGAUCUAUGAGCAGAUUGUCGAGGGCAAGGUGCGGUACCCCAGUGCCAUGUCGAAAGAUGCACGAGACAUUAUUGGUGGUCUGUGUACUGUCGAUGUGAGCAAGAGACUGGGUAACAUGAAAGGCGGUGCAGACGCCGUCAAGCAACAUCCGUGGUUCCAGAGCAUCAACUGGGACGACUUAUACCACCGCAGGACGAAGGGCCCUAUAGUGCCGCAUCUGAGAGGCGCAGACGACACACGGAACUUUGACGAGUAUGACGCCGAGCCGAAAGAGGGGGAUGAAUAUACGAAGGAAAUGCGCGACAAAUACGACCGCGCCUUCGCCGACUUCUAG